AAGGGUAGCUCUUUUCGUUCGAUGCUUUGUUGGAUGUGGACUACAAGUUGAUAUCCAUUUUAAUCUAACGCGUAAAAAUUUGUAAUAUAAUUAAAAUAUGACUGAAACACUUCAAUUAAGGGGUACACUUCGGGGACACAAUGGAUGGGUCACCCAAAUUGCCACAAAUCCAAAAUAUCCUGACAUGAUAUUGUCUUCUUCACGUGAUAAGACACUAAUAGUAUGGAAGUUAACACGUGAUGAAGCCAACUACGGUAUUCCUCAGAAACGCUUGUAUGGUCACUCUCACUAUAUUAGUGAUGUAGUAUUAUCAUCCGAUGGAAAUUAUGCUCUGUCUGGUUCAUGGGACAAAACACUUCGUCUUUGGGACUUGGCUGCAGGACGUACCACAAGAAGAUUCGAAGAUCAUACCAAGGAUGUUUUAAGCGUUGCCUUCUCGGUGGAUAAUCGUCAGAUUGUCUCUGGUUCUCGAGACAAGACGAUUAAACUGUGGAACACCUUGGCAGAGUGUAAAUACACUAUUCAAGAUGAUGGGCAUACAGAUUGGGUCAGCUGUGUACGUUUCUCUCCAAAUCAUUCAAAUCCUAUUAUUGUUUCCGCGGGCUGGGAUAAGUUGGUUAAGGUGUGGAAUUUGACUAACUGUAAACUAAAGAUCAAUCACAGUGGACAUACUGGAUAUCUUAAUACAGUUACAGUGUCUCCUGAUGGUUCACUUUGUGCUUCUGGUGGCAAGGAUUGCAAAGCCAUGUUGUGGGAUUUGAAUGAUGGAAAACAUUUACACACCUUGGACCAUAACGAUAUCAUAACAGCUUUGUGCUUCAGCCCUAAUCGUUACUGGCUCUGCGCUGCGUUUGGACCGUGGAUCAAGAUAUGGGAUCUUGAAACCAAAGAAAUGGUUGAAGAAUUGAAACCAGAAGUAGUGUCUGCGACGAGUAAAGCAGAACCUCCUCAUUGUUUAUCUUUAGCGUGGUCUACUGAUGGACAAACACUCUUCGCUGGUUAUUCCGACAAUACUAUUCGUGUCUGGCAAGUUUCUGUAUCUAGCCAUUAAGCACUUUGUAUAAAAGUAAAAUAAUAAAAAAAGGAAAACGA